AAAUAGAAUAUUACGAAAAUGCCACUACGCCUAAAGGUCCCUGUAUGGUUCUCAGCGUCUCUCUCCGACAAUCGAAUUCCAGAAAGAGACGCACACCGGAAAGGUGAAAAAUCGAAGGGAGGGAGUUCUUCAUCGCUUCGAUGGUGGAUUUUUGGGUCCAAACGGAAUCCAGUUGAUCGGAAUUCUCUGAAUCUCGAUGGAAAUGCCCGGUAGAAGGUUGAACUAUACGCUUCUUAGUCAAAUUCCAGAUGACCAAAACAGUGGCGGUCCUGUCAGAGCUUCGACAUCGUUGAUCGAAUUAUCAUCGGGAGAGGGGAAGAACGAUAAGAGGAAGUUGGAAAGAGGAUUGGAUUGGGAAGCUGGUGGUGAUCACAGGGCGAGCCAGCAGCCGCAGGUGAAUUGGAUCGGCAAUAUGUACUCAGCCUUUGGUUUGCAGAGGCAGUCCAGUGGAAGCAGCUUUGGAGAGAGCUCGAUAUCCGGGGAGUAUUAUGCACUGACACCAUCGACUACAGUGGCUAAUGAGACGGAUGAUGUGCUUAGGAUUGGAGGCGAUUCAAGAGCUCAGGUAGCCGGAACUGGAGGAUCCUCUGGUAAGAGCUGGGCGCAACAUACGGAGGAGAGUUAUCAACUGCAGUUGGCAUUGGCGCUCCGGCUUUCCUCAGAUGCGACUUGUGCUGAUGAUCCUAAUUUCUUAAAUCCAUUUCAGGAUGAUUCAGCUUUAAGGAGGUCGAUUAGCUCUGCUGAGGCCGUGUCACAUCGAUUUUGGGUGAAUGGCUGUCUAUCAUACUUUGACAAAAUUCCUGAUGGGUUUUAUCUAAUCCAUGGAAUGGAUCCAUAUGUAUGGACUUUGUGCACCAGCCUGCCUGAUAAUGAUCGCAUGCCAUCAAUUGAAUCUCUAAAGUCUGUUGAUCCUAGCACAGAUUCUUCAAUUGAAGUUGUUUUGAUUGAUCAGCGCACUGAUCCCAACUUAAAAGACCUCCAAAAUCGGGUCCGAAGCAUUUCUUGCAGCUCUAUAACCACAAAAGAGGUUGUAGACCUGCUUGCAAAACUCGUCUGUAGGAGUUUGGGUGGCUCGGUUUCUGGAGAAGAUGUGUUGGUGCCCAGCUGGAAGGAGUGCAGUAAUAACUUGAAGGAGACCUUAGGCUCUGUGGUUGUUCCUCUUGGUGCACUCUCUGUAGGACUCUGCCGGCAUCGUGCUCUUCUUUUCAAAGUGUUAGCUGAUACAAUUGAUUUACCCUGUCGAGUAGCCAAGGGCUGUAAAUAUUGCUCGUGCCAUGAUUCUUCUUCUUGUCUUGUGCAGUUUGGGUUUGACAAGGAGUAUCUGGUCGACUUAAUUGGUAAUCCUGGUUGCUUAUAUGAGCCUGAUUCCUUACUCAAUGGUCCCUCCUCCAUUUUGAUCUCCUCGCCAUUGCGAUUUCCACGACUAAAGCCAGUAGAGGCAGCCAUUGAUUUCAGGUCACUGGCUAAACAGUACUUUGCAGAUUGCCAGUUACUUAAUGUUGUUUUUGAUGAAUGUUCCUCAGAAGUUACUGUGGAUGGAGAAGAUGGUGCACUUCCCUUGUAUCCAGAGCAGUUUGAUAGGAAGUUCACAAACAGAAGCAACCAAAUGCUUGUCACUGGUGUUCAUGAUGAAAAAUCCAUUUUACUGCACGGGAAAACUUCGCAGCCUAACUCCCAAGACGGAGACUUCCAACGAUUUAAACUGCUACAACCAACUAUCCUGGUUGAGGAUCCAAUCCCACUAAAGUACAGCCGUAGAAAUGUGCAGUCACCUUUUGAUCUGUCCCAGCCAAUUAUGGAUUUUACUAUGGACGUAAGGUUUGCGCAGGGAGGUCAGCUAAUACCAAACACUCGGAGUAAAACACUUCCCCUUGGUGCAGAGGAUUUGGACAUUCCAUGGGAGGAUCUUGUUUUAAAAGAAAGAAUUGGAGCAGGUUCUUUUGGAACUGUACAUCGUGCUGAUUGGCAUGGAUCGGAAGUUGCUGUGAAGAUCCUUACAGAACAAGACUUCCAUCCUGAACGUGUUAAUGAGUUUCUGAGAGAGGUUGCUAUCAUGAAAUCCUUGCGACAUCCCAACAUUGUACUGUUUAUGGGUGCCGUGACCAAGCCACCAAACCUGUCCAUUGUCACUGAAUAUCUAUCGAGAGGUAGCUUGUAUAGGUUUUUGCACAAGUCAGGUGUUAAAGACAUAGAUGAAACACGUCGGAUAAAUAUGGCUUAUGAUGUGGCAAAGGGAAUGAACUAUCUCCAUAGACGUGACCCUCCAAUUGUUCAUCGUGAUUUAAAAUCACCAAAUCUUUUAGUCGACAAGAAGUAUACAGUAAAGGUUUGUGAUUUUGGUCUCUCCCGCUUAAAGGCACGCACAUUUCUUUCAUCAAAAUCCGCGGCUGGAACACCUGAGUGGAUGGCACCAGAAGUACUACGUGAUGAGCCCUCAAAUGAAAAAUCAGAUGUUUACAGCUUUGGAGUGAUUCUGUGGGAGUUGGCAACUUUGCAACAACCAUGGUGUAAUCUAAACCCAGCUCAGGUUGUUGCAGCUGUUGGAUUUAAGUGCAAAAGGCUUGAAAUCCCACGUAAUGUAAAUCCCAAAUUGGCUUCCUUAAUAGUGGCUUGCUGGGCCGAUGAGCCGUGGAAACGUCCAUCUUUCUCCAGCAUAAUGGAAACCUUGAAGCCAAUGACUAAACAAGCACCAUCUCAACAAGGCCGUGCAGACACACUCUCGGUUAUGUGACAAUAUGGAAUAUGGGAAUGCAUAACGUUUUCUCCUGCUAAUUACAGUAUUCUCUUAGAGAUCUCUGGUGCAUUUAAAAUGAUACUCCAAAUGAUCUCUGAUUCUCUUAGCCAAAUCUUCCAUUUUGUCAUUACUAGUAGUUCCCUUCUUCAAGCUAAGAUCUUGUACUGUGCAUCUCUCGGGUUUUUGCGAAGGGACGGAGAACUGCUGCGAAAAUUCAACUGCCACGUAACCUCAACAAGCUUAUUCUCAGUUCAGGAUCAUCAAAAUGUAGAGAAAUUAUAAGAAUGUGGAUCACUUCAAUGUCCCACAAUCAAGGAAGCUUCAACCUUUUUCCUACGGUGAUAGGGAAGCUUCAACUCCAUAUCAGCCUAUUGCAAGCCACACCCUUAUUUGAUUGUAUAUCUAUUGGUCUUAUUUCGUGACGGGACCGAGACUAGGACUGGGACCGGGAACUAAUUUUGUACAUACUGGUGAUUAGUUGUGGCUGGAUACAAUCAUAUAUUCAGUUAAACGUGUUGCUUGGCCUGUUACCAAGGAGAGUAUCAUAACUGUUAUUUAACAGGCAGUUGAAACAUUCAAUCAACCAGUAGUCAUGAGUGAUAUUUUUUGACAAA